AUGCAGGCUCCCAGCAACUCAUCGCCGGGACUCUCUUCGUCUCCAGCUCACAGGAGACCCUCCUGGCAAUCUCAGCGCCUGUCGUCAUCCCUUCGAUCAGGCAAGUCAGGUCAAUCUCGGCGCGCCGCUCCGGUCUCGGCCCGGCUUGCAGCAGAGCCGCAGGACACUGCAGAUGCCAGGACGUCAGAUUCACAGCAUCGCCGUGUAUCAGUCGCGUCGUCUUUUUGGUCGACCCACCCGAAAUGGUGGCGCGUGCGUCUGUUCCGCGGGAUGGUCAAGGAUAUCAAACGCCGGGCGCCCUAUUAUUGGAGCGACUUGACUGAUGCGUGGGAUUAUCGCAUUGUUCCUGCGACUGUUUAUAUGUAUUUUGCAAAUAUCUUGCCUGCCCUGGCUUUCUCGCUAGAUAUGUUUGAGAAGACAAAUCAGAGCUACGGCGUGAACGAAGUCUUGCUUGCAUCUGUGCUUGGGGCCGUGGUGUUUUCCCUCUUCGCGGCUCAGCCGUUGGUCAUUGUUGGCGUUACUGGUCCGAUUACGGUGUUCAAUUAUACGGUUUAUGAUAUUAUUGCACCCCGGGGCACACCGUUUCUUGCUUUUAUGACUUGGAUUGGGAUCUGGUCCCUGGUCAUGCACUGGCUCCUUGCCAUCACAAAUGCCUGCAACGCACUAACCUAUGUCACCCGUUUCUCAUGUGACAUCUUCGGGUUCUACGUUGCCUUCAUCUAUCUCCAAAAAGGCAUCCAGGUAUUGACUCGACAAUGGGGUCUAGUGGGAGAAGCCUCGGCCUACCUGAGCAUCAUGGUUGCCCUCCUCGUGCUCAUGAGCGGAUGGAUCUGCGGCGAACUGGGCAACAGCAAUCUCUUCCAGAGAUAUAUCCGCAAGUUCCUGGAGGAUUACGGUACCCCAUUGACAAUUGUCUUUUUCACCGGCUUCGUUCACUUUGGCCACAUGAAGGAUGUGAAUGUUUCAACACUUCCCACGAGCAAAGCUUUCUUUCCAACUGUUGAUCGGCCAUGGCUCGUGCAUUUUUGGAAUAUCGAUGUUGGAGAUAUCUUUCUCGCCAUCCCUUUUGCGGUCCUCCUCACCAUUCUUUUCUAUUUUGAUCACAACGUCUCAUCGCUCAUCGCUCAGGGAACCGAAUUCCCACUCCGCAAACCCGCCGGUUUCCACUGGGAUCUCUGGCUACUGGGUCUUACAACCUUCGUGGCGGGCCUCCUCGGCAUCCCUUUCCCCAAUGGACUCAUCCCACAAGCACCCUUCCACACCGCCGCCCUCUGCGUCACCCGACAGGUCGCUGACGAAGACGACACCAACAAAGGAAAAGCCAUUCGAGUCACCGAUCACGUCGUCGAGCAACGAGUCAGCAAUUUUGCCCAGGGUCUGCUCACGCUAGGCACUAUGACCGGCCCACUACUUAUCGUGCUGCAUCUAAUACCGCAGGGGGUGAUGGCCGGCCUGUUCUUCAUCAUGGGCGUGCAGGCAUUACAAGGGAACGGAAUCACGCAGAAACUGAUCUUCCUCGCCCAAGACAAGAACUUCACGUCCGCAUCGAAUCCCCUGAAAAGACUCGAUCGCCGCAUCGUCAUCUGGGCCUUUGUACUCCUCGAACUGAUUGGCUUCGGCGCCACUUUCGCCAUCACCCAGACCAUUGCGGCUAUCGGGUUCCCGGUUAUCAUUCUUCUUCUCAUCCCCAUACGGUCUUUUGUGCUGCCGCGCUGGUUUACUCGGGAGGAAUUGGCCGCGCUCGAUGCCCCGACUGCUAGUCCCUUUACUAUGGAAAGUGUUGGUGGUACUCAUGGAUUGGAGGAUGAGUCUACAGAGGAAGAGAAUGUUGCUGCUUCGGGUGCGGGCAACGCUGUGCUGCAAGGAGGUCGUUCCUUACCGUCGUCAGAGUCGGCGGUUGAGGAUAAUGAUUUGGAGAGUGGUGAGGCGUACGAGCUUGCUUCUCUGUCUAUGCGGAGAAGAAGCAAUGCCAGUCGGGUUGACUAA